CUGUAUUAGAACGUCAGCGUUUGUUUUGGUUCUUGUGGCUGUGGUGGAGAAGGAUGGGCGCAGCCUUCACAUCUUCACAUAUACAUCCCAAGAUCGUCCUCGCCCCUCAACCAAUUUAGCCGGGUACAUCCGAGCCCUAGAUCAUCGUCGCCCGUCAAAUUACCAACAGUAAUUUGCUCGUAAAGAACUCACAAUGGAAGACCUUUCUAAACUCGAAAGACUCUCGCUGGUUUCCAAGAUCUGCGUUGAAUUAGAAAACCACUUGGGGAUAAACGACAAGGAUGUGGCGGAAUUCAUCAUUUCUCUUGCUGAGAAAAGUAAACGUCUUGACAAGUUCAAGAAGGAACUGGAGGAGAAUGGAGGUGACCAGUUUGCGGACUCAUUUGUUGAAAGCCUGUGGCGACUGAUCCAGCACAUGAUGCCUUCCCUAACAGCAAUUUCAUGUAAUGAUAAUAUAAAAGAAGAAAUAAACAAGCCUUCAACUGAGAAAGACAAGAAAAGAGCACUACUGCCUUUCUUAGCUUUGCCAAAUGAUCCAAAGGUUAUUCAUAUGCUGGAUAAUGAACUUAAACCUGAAAUAAAAAUGAAAGAAGAGGUUCCUGAAGUAGACACAAGCAAAGAUAAAGAGAAGGACUGGGAGAAAAGGAAGGAGAAAAGGAAGAAAAGGGACAAAGAUUGUGAAAAAGAUAGAGAAAAGCCAGACAAAAAAGUGAAAAGGGAACCUGAAAGAGAGGUAGAUGAUCUCAUGGCCUUUCUAGAGUCUCAUGCUCCAUCGAAGCAAAAUGAAGUGUCAAGAAGCAGAAGUAGGAGCAGAGACAAAAAGAGGAGGUCAAGGUCCAGAGACAGAAAGAGAAAUUGUAGUGACAGCAAAGAGAAAGAAAAAUGCGAUAGAGAACAAAAAAAAUCAAGAAGUCAAGAAAGGCAUAAAAAUCGAAGAGAUCGAAGUCACAGCCGAGAAAGAGAGAGAAGACAUCGCAGUCAGAGCAGGGAGAAAGAGAGAAGACAUCGCAGUCAGAGUAGGGAGAGAGAGAGAAGAAAUCGUAGUCAUAGUCGAGAUAGGGACAGAAAAGCUAACGAUUAUGAAAGAGACAAUAAUCGAGAGAGGCACUAUGACAGGAAGGAUCGAGAGAGAAGAGAACGGAGUAGGUCUCGAGGCCGAGAUAAACACAGCAGGCACAGCAGGAGCAAGAGUCGGGAAAAAGAUCUAAAUAGGAAUCGAAUGGGCAAUAGAGAGGUGUUUAUCAAUCGUCCUCCUGAUGAAAAUCCUGUAGUUGGUAAGGUAUAUGAGGGUAAAGUAACAAACAUCUUGAACUUUGGCUGCUUUGUGCAGCUAGAAGGCCUACGGCGCCGGCUUGAGGGUCUCGUACAUAUUUCACAGCUGCGACAGGAGGGUCGUGUUACUAACGUGUCUGAUGUCGUUAUGCGGGGACAAAAAGUCAAGGUCAAGGUGUUGUCGUUUACUGGUCAGAAGACGUCACUGUCUAUGAAGGAUGUUGACCAGGGGACGGGUGAAGACCUCAACCCCAAUGUUGCUCCUCUUGGUAGUAACAGCCAGGAAGAAGAUGCUAUGAGGAAUCCAGAUAGACCCAUGUCCCUCAUGGAACUGACUAAAGGUACCGAUGAAGAAGAUCUAGCGACAUACAAGCGAGUUAACCGAAUUUCUUCACCCGAGAGAUGGGAACUGAAACAGAUGAUGGCUGCCAGCUGCAUCAGUAAAUCAGAAAUGCCAGACUUUGAUGAGGAGCAGGGAGUGAUGGGUGGUGAAGAUGAUGAUGAAGAAGAUGUGGAGAUUGAACUUGUAGAAGAAGAACCUGCGUUCUUACGGGGUUAUGGCAGGGUGAGGGAAGAACUGAGUCCAGUACGAAUCAUGAAGAACCCCGACGGCUCACUAGCUCAAGCAGCAAUGAUGCAAAGUGCUCUUGCAAAAGAGCGUAGAGAAAUAAAGAUGGCUCAGAGAGAAAGUGAAAUGGAUUCUCAGCCAUCCAAUCUUGGUCAAAAUUGGAAUGAUCCUCUACCUGAAACUCAGCGCAACGACCCAGCCAUGUCGCGUGGGUUGCCCACCCAGCAGCAGGAAGUGCCAGAAUGGAAGAGACACAUUACAGGUGGAACUAGAGGCUCAUACGGAAAGAAAACCAAUAUGUCACUUUUAGAACAACGACAAAGUCUACCUAUUUAUAAACUACGAGACCAGCUUAUCAAGGCCAUUGAUGACAACCAGAUCCUCAUUGUUGUUGGUGAAACAGGCUCUGGCAAGACAACACAGAUGACUCAGUACCUCGCAGAGGCAGGUUUUACUGCUAAAGGAAAAAUUGGAUGCACCCAGCCAAGAAGAGUGGCAGCCAUGUCAGUUGCUAAGAGAGUCUCUGAAGAAUUUGGGUGUAGACUGGGACAGGAAGUUGGUUAUACCAUUCGUUUUGAGGAUUGCACAAGCUCAGAGACAGUUAUCAAAUACAUGACUGAUGGUAUGUUACUAAGAGAAUGCCUUAUUGACCCAGAUAUGUCAUGCUAUGCUUGCAUCAUGUUGGAUGAAGCUCAUGAAAGGACUAUUCAUACAGAUGUCUUGUUUGGUCUUUUGAAGCAAGCUGUGGAUAAAAGACCUGAACUUAAACUUAUAGUCACCUCGGCCACCUUAGAUGCUGUUAAGUUCUCAGAGUACUUCAACCAAGCCCCAAUCUUCACAAUUCCUGGUAGAACAUUCCCGGUAGAAAUAUUAUACACAAGGGAACCAGAAACAGAUUAUCUUGAUGCAGCUCUUAUAACUGUAAUGCAGAUUCAUCUUGCUGAACCACCAGGAGAUGUACUUGUCUUUCUCACUGGUCAAGAGGAGAUUGACACUGCGUGUGAACUUCUGUACGAACGCAUGAAAGCCCUUGGGAGCGAUGUACCAGAGCUUAUUAUUUUACCUGUAUAUUCAGCAUUGCCCUCUGAAAUGCAAACAAGAAUAUUUGAACCAGCUCCGCCAGGAUCACGAAAAGUUGUAAUUGCCACCAACAUUGCUGAGACAUCUCUCACGAUUGAUGGCAUCUAUUAUGUGGUAGAUCCAGGUUUUGUAAAACAAAAAGUAUACAACCCCAAGACUGGUAUGGACUCACUGAUGGUCACACCAGUUUCCCAGGCUGGAGCCAAGCAGCGAGCAGGUCGUGCUGGACGGACAGGCCCUGGAAAAACCUAUAGACUUUACACUGAACGUGCUUACAGAGAUGAAAUGUUGCCAACAAGUGUACCAGAGAUUCAGCGGACCAAUCUAGCUGCAACUGUACUGCAGUUAAAAGCAAUGGGGAUCAAUGACCUGCUGGGUUUUGACUUUAUGGAUCCUCCACCAACAGAUGCCAUGGUCAUGGCUCUCGAGACUCUUCACUCUCUUAGUGCAUUGGAUGACGAGGGUUUGCUAACCCGACUGGGUAGAAGAAUGGCUGAAUUUCCUCUUGAUCCCAACCUUUCAAAGAUGCUGAUUAUGUCAGUACACUUACAGUGUUCAGAUGAAAUCCUCACAAUUGUUUCCAUGUUAUCUGUGCAAAAUGUAUUUUAUCGACCUAAAGAAAAACAAGCUUUAGCUGACCAGAAGAAAGCCAAAUUCAACCAAGCUGAGGGAGAUCAUCUUACACUUCUUGCAGUGUACAACUCUUGGAAAAACAACAAAUUCUCCAAUGCUUGGUGCUAUGAAAACUUUGUUCAGAUGCGUACACUCAAAAGAGCUCAAGAUGUUAGAAAGCAAUUACUUGGUAUUAUGGACAGACAUAAACUGGAUGUUGUGUCAUGUGGCAAGAACGUGGCUAGAGCCCAGAAAGCAAUUUGCUCCGGGUUCUUUCGAAAUGCAGCAAAGAAGGAUCCUCAGGAGGGCUACAGAACACUUGUAGACUCCCAGGUAGUCUAUAUUCACCCUUCGUCAGCCCUCUUUAAUAGACAACCAGAAUGGGUAGUGUAUCAUGAACUGGUGCAGACAACGAAGGAGUACAUGCGUGAGGUAACAACAAUAGAUCCCAAGUGGUUGGUAGAGUUUGCCCCAUCCUUCUUUAAGCAAGGCGAUCCAACCAAGCUCAGCAAGUACAAGAAGAACCAGAGACUUGAGCCCCUGUAUAAUAAGUAUGAAGAACCCAAUGCUUGGAGAAUAUCCAGAGUUAGGAGGAGGAGGAACUGAACUAAAUUUUAUUCAUUUAUUUUUAUUGGACAAGGUUAUAGUCUCGCAUUUCUUGUGCAAACAAAAAAAAGUUUGACAAAUUUUUAUUUAAGAACUUUUGUAUUUGGUGUACGUAAAAUAAAAUUUUAUUUAUAGUA